GUUGAGGAAGUAGCAGCUGGAAGAGAGCUGAAGGGAAUGAGACAUUCUAGCGAACCAGACUACUAUUACGAAGAUUACCUAAUGUCGAUUGUUCGCCGGAUAUAUUCACGUAUUUGUCCGAAACCUGCCACUGCAUUUCUUUACCUUUCAUCUUCAUCCAGGGAUGAAGAAGGGGAACGUUGUGCAGGGCGAGAGAAUGUUCCGGGCAUGUCAAGGAUUCAUUCUACGUUGCAGAAAUUGGUUUUGGGGGGUGAAGAGAAAGUGCCAGAUGCAUAUAAAUUUAUUGGGAUCGACUUGAGUGGCAUGCACUGUGCCAUAUUGCUCAUUGACAAGAGGGUCGUCUCUUCCGUCAUAUUUAGGGUAGUAGGCACAGACUUGGCGGAGGUUCCUUUGGCUGCAACAAGUGCGCAAGCUGAAGGACAGGGAUAUUUUCAGGCGCUUUUUUGUUGUUUGAAGAAGCUAUUAGGGUCCCUUGCAGUGAAGAAUGUGGUUGUUUCUGCCUUGAAAGAAGCUGAGCCGAUGUGGAUUAAAAA